AUGGAGGGCGCGACUUUUUCAAAAUACUCCUGGAUCGAUUUCGUCUUCUCUGUGAUCGGAGUGUGCACUUUCCUGGUGGACUGGGGCUCGGACGUGUGGUUGGCCGCGGAGUUUUACCGCCGCGGGGACGUCAUCUGGUUCUGGGUGCUGGUCGGCCUCCUGGCCCUGUCGUCCUUCGUGGUCCAGACGUUCAGCUGGUUCUGGUUCCAGUACGACCGAGAGCUGCCGGGCUUCCGCGCGCAGACCGAGGGCGCCGCCGUGUUCUUCGGGGACCGGGUGAAGCUCUCCUGCGCGUUGCACGUGCUGCAGCUGGGUUUCCUUUGCAGGCACAUCUCCGCCAUACGACAGGGCUUCCGGGUGUGGUGGCGCAGGGAGGGCGGGUCGGAGUACGCCGUCUACCAGACGCACGACCUCAGCAUGCUCCGGCUCAUCGAGACGUUCUGCGAGAGCGCCCCUCAGCUCACCCUGAUGAUCUACGUCAUGCUGCACACCAACAAGGCCAGGACGGUUCAGUUCGUGAGCAUCGCGGCGUCAACCACUUCCAUCGCGUGGAUGGUGGUGGAUUACCACCGCUCCCUGCGCGCCUUCCUCCCGGACAAGGCCAAGCAGGGCUGGGGCUCCUCGUUGGUCUACUUCCUGUGGAACCUGCUGCUGAUCGCCCCGCGCGUGGCCGCCCUCGCCCUGUGCGCCUCGGUCCUGUCCGGGUACAUGGCCGCCCACUUCCUGAUGCUGUGGUCGGCGUUCGCGCUGUGGGCCUGGCGACAGGGGACGGACUUCAUGGACAGCGUCCCCGGGGAGUGGCUGUACCGGGCCACCGUGGGGCUCAUCUGGUACUUCAGCUGGUUUAACGUGAAGGACGGUCAGACCCGAAGCCGGAGCGCCAUCUACCAUUCCUUCAUCAGCACCGACGGAGCGAUCCUGCUGGCGACGUGGUGGUGCCACAGGGACCCGGUCCAGACGCAGUCGUACGCCCUCGCUCUGCUCAUCGCCCUGCCUCUCUUUCACCUGCUUGGUCUGCUCUUCAAGGCCCUCUACUACUGCUGCUUCCACCCCAAGCUGUGGAGGCCCCCGGCGAGGGACCCGGGGCUUCCCAAUGAUCUGCCCGAUGCACACGUGUCGCUGAGAGACCUUUCCAUCCAGGACGGCGCCCUGUCCUCCAGGCUCCUCAACAAGCGGAUGGCCGGCAACGUCGCCCGUUUCUACUCAGAAUGACCACUCCAUGACUGUUUAGGAGCUCCGGUAGCACAAAUGGAGCCGAGUCAUGACGUCUACGACGUCAAAUGUCUACUCACUGAUAAUGUUUGCCUUUUUCGGCUGUGAUAGUCUGUAGCAAUCUAUCUCUAGGCUGUUUCCUGUUUGUGUAAUUUACACAAAUUACAGGCUGAAAAACAGCAUUUUAACCCAAAAGUGGGCUAUAUGGAUCAAAUGAUUCCCAAUCAGUACACAUACUGUAAUUAAGCAAAUUCCAAGCAAAACAUUUUUUUACGAAAAUAUUUGUAAUAAUCCAGACACUUUAUCACAUUAAUGCAACUCCACCAAAAAUGCGCUACUUGAAAUGUGCCACAAUGUCCUAAUAACACCACAGAUAUUAAAGAGGACAGCUGCCUCGGUCUGAACUUUAUUUUAAAAACAACCUGAGAUUGAUGAUCUCAUUGAUCUCUCAUUGUCAUAUGUACUGAAACAGGGCAAUUUGAUCCAUUUAAAGGGAACUUUUAGCCUAUUUGAUACUUUUUCUAAUGAGCAAAUUGUAUUUUGUUAUCUUAACACAUGAAGUCAUGGGGAUAACUUUUUUCCUUUCAUACCACAUAGUCAUAUGGGCUUGUUGUUGCUUCUGUGUGAACACCUUGUAUUUCCAAAAUACAAACAAAUAAAUAGCGGUUAUUACUGGAGACUACUUGAAGGACUUUGAAUGUAAAAUUAACCCUUAGGUCAGUUCUCAUUUAAUCAUUUCUAUGUUCUGUGUGAAACAGCUGCUUCACACCUCCAGACAGGUUGUUACAAUAUUAAACCAGGGUGGACGUUCCUCUGGCUUCAGGUACAGGACCCCCAGUGUUACUGGUCUUCGCUCGUCCAGCGUUUGUUCGGCGCGUGUGUGUGUGUGUGUGUGUGUGUACACACACACGCGCUCAGUAUACUGAGCAGUUUAUUUCCCCACCCCUUCCUCGUCCUUGUUUGUUUCUCUUUCAGGGUUGAAAGUGUUGUGGACCCACUGGUCAAGGUCUCUACUGGUUGUUAAUAUUUGACCUCUGCCAUGUGAAUCAUUAAAGUUGUACUGUUGUA